UGCUGCUGCGUGGCGCUACUAUCGUCGCAGAGAGAAGCGAGUGUUCAAUAAUAAUUUAUCAACACAGGGGAACAAAAAGUAUCCCUGAAAAAGUAUUUUUGUGCAUAGCAGGCUAUUCCUCCUGAGUUCACUGGCAUUUAGGUGUUUGCACAAUGUGCUAAGGGUGGUGAAAUGGGGCAAAAAGUAUGUGAAAAUCCUGUGUAAAGUGUACAAAAAAGACCCCCAAAAAAAAUCACCACCAAUGUUCUCAUCGAGAGAGUCUGUGAUUGAUUUUUUCUCACUGUUGUUGUUUCUCCCGUGAACAGAAAAGUUUUGUGGAAGAAAAAUGUGUACUUUGAUUCACUCAAGAAACUUUGGUGGCUAGGAGAACAACCAUUUCGUUUGGGGGUGAUUGUGUUUGGGGGAGUGGGAUAAAGGAAGGUGUCUCUUUUUUUUUUGACGGGAGAAGACUCCCGUGAGCGCGUGUGUGUGUGUGUGUGUUGGCUCCCCCCCAAUCACAAUGUCGUCGGACGAUGGAGCGGACACGGAGAAUGAGAAGGACAUCCGGCGGGGUUUGUAUGUCAUUCAGAGUAUGAUUGACAUCUCAGCAGACAGACUCGAGGGGCUGAGGACACAAUGUGCAACGAGUGCAGAAUUGACGCAGCAGGAAAUCCGAUCGCUCGAGACAAAACUGGUGAAAAUGUUUACGGAUCUCCUGCUCACCAAGGCCAAGUUGUCCGAGAGACUUCCCCGGGGACUUACAGCCACGGGUGCUGAACUCCGUCAGUGGCUGAGAGUAGUUGGCCUCAGUCCGGAUUCCCUGAAUGUGGUGCUUCAGCGUGUUAGUACGCUGGAGACAUUGCUGGAGAAGAGUGAACUUGAAUUGCGUGCCAUCCUCCAUGACAAUGCCAAUGUACGCGAUGAGGAGAUUCGUCGUCUCAUCCGGGCCAUGUACAAUCUCAAGCAGUGUCGUCAGGCCAUCACAUGUGGCUUCCCUGAGCCCACAGAUCUCUUCUGGGACUCAUGGGAUCGACAGCAACAGUCACAUCAUCGCUCAGGAGCAUCUCCACGCACCGGACGCUCAAAUACGCGCUACACCAAUCCCCAAGCACGUCUCCAGAUGUCCGACAGCACAGUUCAGAGUCCCGUGGAGAUAUCCCCACCGGAAACAGCCUACUAUGGUGCCACAUCACCCGAAGAGAGUUCCACCACGGUGAGUACACUGACACCCUCCCCAUCGCCCCCAAAUUCCCCCUCAGUCCUGGUGAAUCAUACAAAGAAACGCGGUGGCUUUCCCACAACUCCACCGGCCAAGAAGAAGCACACCACCACCCUUCAGCCAGGCAGUAAUUCUGUCACCGUGCAAAAUGUCAUCAAUGCCAAUUCCAUUCCCACAUCAAUCCCCGGUGAUCAGACACCCCUGCCAAAAUCCAAAAGUCACGAAUCCCAACUCGUGGGAACCCCAGGAAGUGACACGGGAAAUGGUCAGACCAACAAUACAACACCAACAGUUCCCAAACAGCCACGAUCUCGCCUCCAUACCGAACCCGGACCCGGGGAUCAUGACCUAGAGAAUUCAUCACCUGUCAUGAAUAAUCUCACUGUACCACGAUCCCCAUUGACUCCGGUCUUGGUAAAUCCCACCAUGGGUCACGAUAUCCCUCAUCAUUUCACCAAGAACUUCAAAAUGAUGACCGUGACAUGUGAUCUCUGUGGCAAACCCAUGUUCUUUGGGCUCAAGUGCAAAGAGUGCAAAUAUCGCUGUCACAAAGACUGUGAACCCUCGGUGCCCCCAUCAUGUGGCCUACCCCAGAAACUCUUCAAGGCCAUCAAUCCAUCGCCCAAUAUGAACCGAACAGCUGUUGCCCGGCGAGCACAUCAACAACAAACAGCCGGUUUGUCAUAUCAUGGUCCUGAUUCCAGUUCAGCUGGAUCGAGUUGCAACAGUUCCAGCCCAUCUAGUCCAGCCCUUCUCAAUCUCCCACCCCAAACCCCGAGCUCAUCCAAGAAUCAAUUUAGCUUCCCGGAAGUGCCACAGAAUCACCAUCAUCAUCAUCAUCAUCUCCAUCAUCAUCAUCAUCAGAGGCUCAAUAAUGUCAGUGAUGGAAAUCGUGUGAUGGAGACCAAAAUUCCCGUACCACCACCCCCAAUGCCAACAUCACCCAGACCUACGCUGUCCGAACUGGCGGAUACGCACCAGAGCAAUGACAGUGACAAAACAAUUUCACUCAGUGGCUCUACCAGUGCCAGUACCGAUUCCGAUCGUACGCCCAUCCGACUGGAUUCAACGGAAGAACGUGAUUCUGGUCACUGGCCCAGACAAAAUAGUCUCUCACUGAAAGAAUGGGAUAUUCCCUAUGAUGAUUUGCAUUUGCUGGAAAAGAUUGGCAAAGGGCGCUUUGGUACGGUACACCGGGCACUGUGGCAUGGUGAUGUGGCUGUGAAGCUCCUCAAGGAGGACUAUUUGGAUGAUGAACGUACCCUGGAGGCAUUUAAGCUAGAAGUGGCCACAUUCAAAAAGACACGCCAUGAGAAUGUUGUUCUCUUCAUGGGGGCAUGCAUGAAACCACCACGUUUGGCCAUAGUCACCAGUUUAUGCAAGGGUAACACCCUCUAUACUCACAUUCAUCUCCGAAAGGAUAAAUUUAACCUCAAUAAAACGACACUUGUGGCACAGCAAAUAUCUCAGGGAAUGGGCUACCUACAUGCCCGGGGCAUUGUGCACAAGGAUCUCAAGACAAAAAAUAUCUUCUUGGAGAAUGGUAAAGUGAUCAUUACGGAUUUUGGCCUGUUUAGUGCCACAAAAUUGCUGUACUGUGAUUUGGGACUUGGCAUUCCGACUGGAUGGCUGUGCUACCUGGCGCCCGAAUUGAUUCGUGGUCUAAAGCCCUAUCGGCCAACAGAUGAGGAUUUACCCUUUUCCAAAGCAUCUGAUGUCUUUGCCUUUGGCACUGUAUGGUAUGAACUACUCUGUGGUGAAUUCCCAUUCAAAUCCCAACCACCGGAGGCAAUUAUUUGGCAAGUGGGACGUGGUAUGAAGCAGACACUGGCCAAUUUACAGGCAUCACGUGAUGUUAAGGAUAUCCUCAUGGUGUGCUGGUCAUUUCAGGCGGAUGAUCGAAAGGAUUUUGCCAAUUUACUCACACUCCUCGAGCGACUACCCAAAAAACGUCUCGCUCGUAGUCCAUCGCAUCCCGUUCAAUUAUCCCGAUCCGCAGAGUCUGUCUUUUAAGCUGCCCGAAUUCCAUCUCCCAGAAAAUUCCCAAAACCUACUACCCCCUUGCACCUCAAGCCAUCACCCACCUCACCCCCUGAAUUGGCCUCAAUUGUGUACUUCGAGGAAGGAAUGUUUUAAAAAUGUUUUAAAUGUUCAAUAAAUCCUAAAUACAGAUCCAUGUUGAAAAUGAUAUCGCACGCUUUUCUAUUGAACAACUUUUUUUCUUGAAAGUAUUUCAAUGCAAUAAACAGUUUUGAAAUUUUAAAUUUUACUGCAUUCGCAAUUUAAAAUUUACUGAAUUUUAUGGCUCUGGCAUACUUUUUAGGUCAAGAAAAUUUCAUGAAAUCAAAAUUCACAUUCCUUUCUGCGCCAAACAUUUGAAGAAAAAGAAUAGGAUAGAUAUAUGAAAAUCUUUUGAGAAAAAAGAGAUCUGAAUUUCGAUUUGAAGAAAUUUUCCUAACCUGAAAAUCAUAGAAAAAAUUUAAAAAAAAUAUGGUUCAAACAAAUCAUUUCGAUUUGGUGAAAUUGGAUUUACUACUAAAUAAUUUUGAUUGCUGACUUAAUUAUUAAUAUCGCCGAAUUUUCGAAACUCAUUUAUUUGAUGCUAUUCUUUCGCACUUAAAAUUCGAUUGAAUUAAAUUGAUUUUGUUAUGAUGUUCAAAAGAAAAAGAAGAGCGCCGAAGAAUAAGAUAGAUAUAUGAAAAUUUUUUGAGAAAACAAGAGACCUGAAUUUCGAUUUGAAGAAAUUUUCCUAACCUGAAAA